GACGAAAUAAAAUCCAGUAGCCCCUCUCACCGUUUUUUUUCUUCGCUCAACUCUUCUAUUUCUCCACGCGGCGGUUUCUGAUAACCGGAGAUUUCUACCGAUGACGAUAAAAACUAUAAAAGUCAGUAAUGUUUCCUUGGGAGCAACUGUUCAAGACAUUAGGGAGUUCUUUUCCUUUUCUGGUGAUAUCGAAUAUGUUGAAAUACAGAGUUGUGAUGAACGAUCUCAAACUGCCUAUGUAACCUUCAAGGAUUCACAAGGUGCUGAGACUGCAGUACUAUUAUCGGGAGCAACGAUAGUUGAUUUGUCAGUUGAGAUAACUCUGGAUCCAGAUUACAAGAUUCCAGCUGCUGCCUUGGCAUCAUCUGCAACGGAGGGUAAAACUCCUGGUGGUGCUGAAUCUGCUUUACGGAAGGCGGAGGAUGUGGUCACCAGCAUGCUAGCCAAGGGCUUCAUCUUAGGGAAAGAUGCUGUCAACAAAGCGAAGACUUUUGAUGAGAAGCACCAGUUAUCUUCAACAGCCUCGGCAAAAGUUACAUCUUUUGACCAAAAGCUUGGGCUUAGUGAGAAAAUAAGUGCUGGUGCUACAGUUGUGAGUGAUAGAGUUCGAGAAGUGGAUCAAAAGUUUCAGGUUUCAGAGAAGACUAAAUCAGCAUUUGCAGCUGCAGAACAGAAAGUCAGUACAGCAGGGUCUGCUAUAAUGAAGAACCGCUAUGUACUUACUGGGGCUUCCUGGGUAACAGGUGCUUUUAGUAAGGUUGCUAAGGCAGCUGGGGAUGUAGGUCAAAAGACAAAAGAGAAAGUGGUGAGUGCAGAAGAGGAAGAGAAGCGAAAAGUAGAAGACCAGUACGCGCAAGUCCUUUCUGAGUCCCCAAAAGCAGCAGCAACAAGCGAGACGCACUCUUCCAAGCCUGCUCCUGCUCAGGGUUUGAUCCUUUGAUUUGCUUCUUGUAUAUACCAUCUUGAAACUCCUGCGAAUUGUUUCCAUAUGAACCCCUCCCUUUUCUUUAGAUUGGAAGUGAAUGUAGGACUGGUUUUACAAGUUUGCAGUUAUUUUGCUUCCAUAAACAAAGAUAAAAUGAAUUUCCAAGGUUUGAAAUUGUUUGUUUCUAUUUCUAUGCUCUUUGGCCCUUCCGCACAUUUGUGGCAGCAUUAAUUCUUUCGUCCUUGUGGCUCAUCGU